AUGAGAGACAUAAAGAGUGUGAAAGAGUUUGAUUUUGAAAAUAUAGCACUUCUUAAGGGCGAUACUCCCGAUGACAUCAAAGAGAAGUGUUUGCAGUCAUGUAAAGACUAUUUGGCACACAAUUGGAUACAACAAACUGUGGACACCAUUCAAUUCAAGCGACUGAGCGGUGGUUUGUCUAAUCAGAUGUAUUUCGUGGCCAUAUCUAAGCCCUCGACUACAAGCCAUGUGCCACAAGAAGUGGUGAUCAGAAUAUAUGGCAACAAACAGUUCAAUAACUUAGACAAUACUGACAACGAGAGACUCACUGACGUUAUUAUCGCUGUAAUGAUAGCCGAUAUUAAUUUGGGACCAAAAAUAUACGGAAUCUUUGAAAGCGGACAGAUUUUGCACUUUUAUAAGCACCGACAGUUCAGAUUGAAUGAACAAAAUGAUCCCAAAUUGUCGACACAAUUGUUCAGACAAUUGGCAAAACUGCACGCUUUGGAUGUGCCCAUCAAACGCACCAAUAAUUGGAUUUUUGACUAUUUCGACAAUUUCUAUGAAAUAGGAUUCAGAGACUUCCCAAUCAAUGAACUCAUUGAUGAAUAUAAUUGCCAAACACUUAAGACACACGAUCUUAAGGCAGAGAUUGAAUGGUUAAAGAGUGCGAUCAUGAGAUGCAAGAGUCCUGUAGUGUUCACUCAUAUCGACUUCAGAGGCAGUAAUAUAAUGGUUACCGAACCCAACGAUGAGAUACUUAUAUGUGAUUUAGAAUAUUCUGGUUAUGGUUACCGAGGCUUUGAUUUCGGGACCAUAUUUGUGGAGUGGGGCCGAGCUUUCAGUGAUUACAACACUUUCUACACCUUACCGACGGAUACAGUGUUGGAACCGCUUAUUAAGGCUUAUAUCGAAGAAUCCGUACAAAUAUUUGGCACAAAAUAUUCAGACAAUGAUAACAAUUCUUAUAAUCAGAUACUCAAAGAGGCGAAAAUCUUUUGUUUAGUAGCCUUUAUGUGGAUUAUAAUGUAUUGCAUCAGAAAUGAUGAGAAUGAUGAUGGUAUGCCUGUUAAUAAACAGGUUAUGCUGGGGAUGGCAGAAAUAAAUUACAAAAAUUACUUCAAUCUUAAGGAGACUUUGUCGCAGCAAAACAUACUCUGA